AGCGCGAGACUCUUCCUCUUUCUCCUCCUCCUCUUCACCUCCACGUCCUCCUCCCGGUGCACGGAGGGAUGCAAAGCUCCUCAUCACCAUCUCCAUCAUCACCACCAACAUCUUCAUCAUCAUCAUCUCCGGCAGCGGAGGGAGAAAGGAGCUCCGUAGGCGGAAAAAGUUGAGGAGUUCCCGGUGUAUUACCGGAGCACCGGAGGGGCCCCGUGCCCACUGCAGUCCCGGGAUUAUCCGCCGCGCACGGUGCUUUCUACUUUGGACUCUAGCCGGUGGAUUUACAUGUGGAUCAGACCGGAUCUCUGACGGCCACGGAUCUCUUUGCCCAGCCGGUCCCGGUACCGACACGUGAUCAUAACGAAUAUUUUUUUUCAACAAAAAAAAUAAAUAAGAAAAAAAUGUUUUACCGGAUUUCUGACGUUUGACAACAAACUCCACAACGUGUGUUUGUUGUUACAAAUUUAACGGAUUAUUUACCGGCAGUGUGACGGGUCACCGGGCAGUCCCGUGUCCCUGACCGCGCAGGUGUCACGCAGGUGCGGCGGAAGGAGCCGACCGGCCGCCGGUAGAAACGGAUCCGCGGCUCUCCGCGAGCGGAAGUUACCGGAUUGAUUGUUGGAUAUUUGAUGGAUUUCUUCCCGUUUUCUCUCCGGUUCACAUGGCGUUCAUCUUGUUUAUUUAAAUCAUCCAUCAGCCUCGUGACGGAGCUCCGUGAGAUCGGUAGGAGAACCGGGACCGUAAAUCCUCCCCGGUGGAACUGCCCCGCAUGCGGGCUGUAAAUCAUCCACUUAACCCCCCUCGGGAGAGAGAGAGAGAGGGAGAGAGACACCGAGACCCAGGGAGAGAGUUAUGAGCGUUAUGAAGCAUCUUCAUCAGGAAACACCAACAGACAGAUAGCGUUAGAGCUAUUCCGGUUUAAUUUAUAUUCCGGUUUAAACACUAUAUUCCGGUUUAACUCUAUAUUCCGGUUAAACUCAUAUUCUGGUUUAAACUCAUAUUCUGGUUUAAACUCAUAUUCCAGUUUAAACUCAUAUUCCAGUUUAAACUCAUAUUCUGGUUUAAACUCAUAUUCCAGUUUAACUAAUAUUCCAGAUUAAACUCAUAUUCCAUUUUUUUUCCUGCAAAAAUAUCGUGAAAAAUCACCUUCACAGGAUUUUGUAUUACUGUAUCAUUUAUAACAUAAUAUACUAUUUCUAAUAAAUGUCAACGCUUAUCAACCAAUAGGAGAGCGCGUGGCGAGGCCAGACUUACUCAGUCAAUUUCCUGAUAUUAAUAAUUAUUAAUAUAAACAUAGGACCACAUUGAACCUGGUUCUGAUGUGAAAAUACAGGAUAACCUGCGAUGUAAAAUGUAAUCAUAAUAACCUGAAAGCAUCCGCGGCUCCCAGAGCCGACCGGAAUGUUCCGCCGGGCACUUUUCACCGAGAUAAUAAUCCGAUAAUCGUGCGAUGGGGAUUUAUUUACGCUCGGCUGCAGUUUCUGGAAGAGCGUUUUAACUCCCAGAGAAAUGAACUUUAAUGGCAGCCGGGAGACGAGAACCGGCGGCUUAGAACCCUACGGCGCCCAUCAGCGGGAGAGCCGGCACAUCUUCAUCGGCUCCUCCUCUUCCUCCUACACGAGGGACUCCAGACAUGCAGCAUUGAUUUUAUGAUUUCAUUUUUCUUCCCCACAAAAUCCCCGGAGCAGACGAGCGCCGCCUCACGAUGUGAAAGGUGUCGUCGCUGAUCUGAGGUCAGAUUUGAGAGCUGGACUCGAGCCGGGAAUCGAACCCGCGCAUGUUUUUCUGACCCUGAACCUCGUCACAAUGGGACUAAACGACAGCAGCCCGGGCGCCAUUCGCAACGGCCGGGCGCUGUCGGACCAGUGGGCGGAGUCGGUGGUGGUCCGGCCUCGAACCACCGAGCGCCACAUCACGGUGCACAAGCGCCUGGUGCUGGCCUUCGCCGUGUCCAUCCUCACCCUCAUCAUCGUCACGGUGGUGGCCGUGGUGCUCAGCGUCCGCUUCGAGGAGUGCGGCGGCGGGCGGGACCGCGACGGGGCCGCUGCCGCGGGGGAGGCGGGGCCGCGGGGGGAGGCGGGGCCGCGGGGGGCGGCGAAGUCCAACGGGAGCAAAGGGGAGCGGUCGGGCGACAGGGCCGACGAGGAGGCGGCGCAGCCGUGGAGGAACUCGCGGCUGCCGGGCUCCGUGAGGCCGCGGCACUACGACCUGCGGGUCGCCGUCAACAUGGACAACUUCACCUUCGCCGGAGACGUCAGCGUCGAGCUGGAGUGCGUCAACGCCACGCGGUUCAUCGUGCUGCACGCCGACCGCCUCAAGGUGGAGCGGGUGUCCGUCACGGCGGAGAGCGGCGCCGGCGGUCGCCCCGCCAACAGGCCAGGGGGCGGAGCCAUGCGCGUCCACCGCCACUUCCCUUACCCGGCCAAUCAGAUGUACGUGGUGGUGCUGCACCGCGAGCUGAAGCCCGCCAGGCUCUACCGGCUGAACGUCAGCUUCAGCGCCGCCAUCGAGGACGACCUGCUGGGCUUCUUCCGGAGCUCCUACACCGUGCAGAGGGAGAAACGGUACCUGGCGGUGACCCAGUUCAGUCCCAUCCACGCGCGGAAGGCCUUCCCGUGCUUCGACGAGCCGGCCUACAAGGCCACGUUCUCCCUGGCGCUGCGCCACGACGCGCAGUACGCCGGCCUGGCCAACAUGCCGCUGGAGAGCAGCUCGCCGCACGAGGACGGCGGCGUGACCGACCGCUUCGCGCGCACGCCGCGCAUGUCCACGUACUACGUGGCCUGGGCGGUGUGCAACUUCACCUACAGGGAGACGCAGACCGACGACGGCGUGACGGUCCGUUUGUACGCCCGGCCCGACGCCGUUGCCAGCGGCGCCGGAGACUACGCGCUGCACAUCACCAAGAGGCUGCUGGGCUUCUACCAGGACUACUUCAAGGUCCAGUACUCACUGCCCAAGCUCGACUUGUUGGCGGUGCCCAAACACCCGUACGCCGCCAUGGAGAACUGGGGGCUGAGCGUCUUCGUGGAGCAGAAGAUCCUAUUGGACGCCGAGGUGUCGUCGUCAUCCUAUCAGAUGGAGGUGACCAUGGUGGUGGUCCACGAAAUCUGCCACCAGUGGUUCGGUGACCUGGUGACCCCGGUCUGGUGGGAGGACGUCUGGCUGAAGGAGGGCUUCGCUCAUUACUUCGAGUACGUCGGGACCGACUUCCUCUUCCCCAAGUGGAACAUGGAGAAGCAACGCUUCCUGACAGACGUCCUCCACGAGGUGAUGCUAUUGGAUGGGCUAAGCUCCUCCCAUCCCAUCUCCCAGGAAGUGGAACAGGCGUCAGACAUCGACCGAGUCUUUGACUGGAUCGCCUACAAAAAAGGGGCGGCGUUGAUCCGGAUGUUGGCCAACGUGAUGGGACAGACGCUGUUCCAGAAAGGACUCAACGACUAUCUGCUGAGUCACAUGUACGGCAACGCGGCCAGAGACGACCUGUGGAGCAAACUGUCUCAGGCCAUGCGUUCAGAGGGGCGGGACAUCGACAUUGGGCAGAUGAUGGACAGGUGGACUCUACAAAUGGGCUACCCCGUCGUCACCAUCAGCAAGAACCAAUCAGAGCAGCUCGCCACUCACCACGCCACCAUCAGCCAGGAGCACUUCCUGUACGGACAGGAACUCCGGAGCAGCAACAGCUUACAGUGGCAGAUCCCGUUGACGGUUGCCAUGGGCAACGCCUCCAGUGUGAGUGCAGAGCGCCUCAUCUGGAUCCACAACCGAUCAGACCAUUCAUCCUCUGUUCGAUGGACGAUUCAUCCUCUGUUUCUCAUGUUGGGCAUUGAGAUCAACCAGACGGGGUACUACCGCGUGAACUACGACCUCCACAACUGGAAACUGCUGAUUCAACAGCUGCACAACAACCUGCAAAUCAUCUCCGUCGGGAACCGAGCCGGACUCAUCGACGACGCCUUCAACCUGGCCAGGGCCGGGUACCUCCCACAGGGCGUUCCCUUGCAGCUGAUUGGCUACCUGCCCGGGGAGCCGUCCUUCCUGCCGUGGCACUCCGCCAGCCGGGCGCUCUACCAGCUGGACAAACUGCUGGACCGCACGGACGAAUACAGCCUGUUCAGUGACUACGUGCUGAAGCAGGUCGCGUCGCGGUACCAUCAGAUGGGUUGGCCGGCCAGAGGGCCGGGCGGCGAGGGCAGCGUGCUGCAGGCGUCCUACCAGACUGAGGAGCUGCAGCGGGAGCUCAUCAUGCUAGCUUGUAGCUACGGCAACAAACAGUGUCACCGCCAGGCCGUCGCCUACAUCUCAGACUGGAUCUCCAGCAACAAGAACAGGAUUCCUCCCAACAUCAGAGACAUCGUCUACUGCACCGGGGUCAGUCUGAUGGACGAGGACGUCUGGGAGUUCAUCUGGAUGAAGUUCCACUCCACCAACGCCGUGUCAGAGAAGAGGAUCCUGCUGGAGGCUCUGACCUGCUCCGACAACAUCUUCCUCCUCAACAGGUUACUGAACCUGUCCCUGACCUCUGACCUGGUCCCCGAACAGGACGUGAUCGACGUCAUCAUCCAUGUGGGUAGAAACCCGCAGGGUCGAAACCUCGCCUGGAAGUACUUCAGGGAAAAGUGGAACAUCCUCAACGCACGCUACGGUGAAGCCUUGUUCAUGAACUCCAAGCUGAUCGGGGGAGUCACGGAGUUCCUGAACACGGAGAAGGAACUCAAUGAGUUGAAGGACUUCAUCAAGGCUAGCGGCGUGGGGGCGGGGCCUGCGUGGCCGCGGGCGCUGGAGAUCGUGGAGGGCAAUGUGCGCUGGCACCACAUCCACCGGCGGCAGUUCUUCCAGUGGCUUCGCAAACCUCUGAGCUCUGCCCUCGGCUAACGCCGGAGCGGCCGACUAACGUGAUGCUAACGUGCUAACUGCUAGCUCACGGAUGCAGUCGAAAAGAAACAAGUGAAUGAAGAAGAUUGAGAUGGACUUGACUGGUUUUUCAGCUGGUUUCUCGACUUUUCUUUUUUCUUUUAAAGGAAAAGAAAAUGUUUACAAACUCUUCAUUUUUAGAUGUAUUGUUGAUUUCUCCAACGCUGCUAGCUAGCUAGCAGUCACUGAUGCAGUAAUUGUCAGCUAGCAACUCACCUCAAAACUUCAAAACUCCAGAAUUACUAUUCCCCCGAGAUGGAAACCACAUUCAUACCUCAAGGUCAACGCCCAAACUAGGACCCUCCAGGUGACCCUCGAGAGUCCUGUUUGGACUUCUCACGCAUUGCAAAAAGUCUUCAAGGUAUUAUUUCGUUAUUAGGUUUUCUGAUGGAAAAGGUUUGCUAUACGUACGUGUGUUACAUAAAACAGGUUGUUGUUGUGUAACCGGCACCAAAGUGAGAGACAAUACAUCCCAGUUGACGUGGUUUCAUUCCAGCGACAAGAACAGAGGUCUCCUGGGUGACAUCCGUGCAGCAACUUAUCGAGCUUUGACGUUUCAAAUAGUUCAGUGGUUAUACACCAAAAAGAUAAAUACUGUGAAAUGCCGAUACACACUCCCAAACCCUUUUUUCUUAACGUUUAGUUUCCAAUAAAUUAGGCGCGCAAACACGGUCUGAUUUCUAUUUUUAAUUGGCUCAAAUGAUCUACGGUCGCUUAUUUACUUAAAAAACAACAACUUUGGUUUCAGGCAGUUUUGUGUAAACUAUAAAAUAACCAACACAUGAGGACAUAAUUAGAAUUUUAAAGGAACCUCUUCCACGACCCACUGAAGGCUAGGAGUACGAUACGCGUUGGGUUGCGACCUUUCCGUUACCGUGACGCCUCAAGUCGGAGCCUCUUGGCUUUUAUCCCAUUUCCUGACUAACCGGAGACCCAGAACCGUUUAAAUGGGACCUUCUCGCAUUAAACCAGCUGACGCGAAGAGGCCGAUUACCCAGCAGCCAGCUGCACGUCGAUCACUGAGCAGAGAUGUAAUUAACACAACAUGGACCCGGUGUCCUUUGAUCACAUCCCUCUGAGGACUCAUUAACUCGCCACCGCAUCAAAACGGCUUCGGCUUGAACAUAAAAAGCUUCUUCUUCUUUUUUUAGGUAUCAAAAACUCCAGCUGCAAUAAGAACAACACUUGUAAUACCUUGAAAAAUACUUCAAGUUUGGGAUCUGAACCGCGCUUAAAAAACGGAAAGCGAAGACGUGAUCAAGGCCCACGGAAGGUUCUCACGUGAGACUCAAUCGGUCAAUAAUCAGACAUUUCAGUGAGAUCGACAGACUCAGAAUCUACAUCUUUGACGCCCUGAACCGGACCGGACCGGUGAUUAAACAUGUUCCGGUCCCUCGUUGGUCUUCUGUGCCAACUGUAAAGUUUUUUAAGGUUUUCACUUUGUGUGACGUGAAGAGACCAACAAUAAAUUCACAUUACAUUGAGACUAUUGUAUAACUAGUCCUAGUUGAAACUUAAAUUACGGGAAGUGAUAACACUAAAAAGCACUUAUUUUACACAAAUAAUAAUUCACAUUACAUUGAGACAAUUGUAUAACUCGUCCUCCUUGUAGUUACUUAAAUUAUAGGAAAUAAUAACACUAAAAAAACACUUGUUGUAUGAGGUUAAAUGGCAGAAAGUAAGGGUUUGACUCAGCUCUGAUUAUUAUAAAUAGUUAUUUAGCGAUCGUGAAAAACCCGACAGCGACUCCCAGGAUGCCGAUGGGCGAGGAAGUCAGAGAGUCGGGGGUCCUAAUAAAACCGAAAGCCACGAUCACAACCGCCUGGACAUUAGGACUUUGACCAAAUGAACUCUGAUGAGUUUCAUGAAGCACAAACACCUGGAGGUUGGAGGACGUCGACAACAAAGAGACAACAGAGACGAGGACAUUUAGUUUUUAGCUUUCAAACCGUCCCUUUUUUGUUUGUUUUUCGCAGACGAACGAAAACCUACGAGAGCCCGUUAUGAGUAAAAGAAAAAAAUAAGAUCUGAAUUUCGACUUUGUAUCCCAUAAUUAUCACUUUGGAUCACAUAAUUAUCACUUUGGAUCCAGUAAUUCUAAAUUAUGACUUUGUAUCCCAUAAUUUCGACUUUAUCUCAUAAUUAUGACUUUGUAUCUCAUUAUUUUGAAUUUGUAUCAAAUAAUUUGUACUUUGUAUCUCAUAGUUAUUACUUUAUAUAUUAUAAGUAAUACUUUAUAUCCCAUAAUCUUUACUUUGAAUCUCAUAAUUUUGACUUUGCAUUUCAUAAUUUUGACUUUCUAUGAAAUAAUUAUUACUUCAUUUCUCGUACUUUCGACUUUCAAUCUAUUAAUUAUGACUUUGCAUCUCAGAAUAUCGACUUUCUAUCCCACAAUAAGGAUUUAACAUUCGGAUUGUUAAGUCAUAUAUUAUCACAGCAAAAUGUUGAUCUUAUUUGUUUCUUUUACUCUCAGGAAUAGACUUCCUUUAACAUCUGCUUCCUAAACAUCUGCUUCCUAAACAUCUGCUUCCCUAAACAUCUGCUUCCUUCAACAUCUGCUUCCUAAACAUCUGCUUCCCUAAACAUCUGCUUCCUUAAACAUCUGCUUCCCUAAACAUCUGCUUCCUAAACAUCUGCUUCCUAAAACAUCUGCUUCCUUAAACAUCUGCUUCCUAAAACAUCUGCUUCCCUAAACAUCUGCUUCCUAAACAUCUGCUUCCUUAAACAUCUGCGUCCUCAAACAUCUGCUUCCCUAAACAUCUGCUUCCUAAACAUCUGCUUCCUUAAACAUCUGCGUCCUCAAACAUCUGCUUCCCUAAACAUCUGCUUCCUUAAACAUCUGCUUCCCUAAACAUCUGCUUCCUCAAACAUCUGCUUCCCUAAACAUCUGCUUCCUUAAACAUCUGCUUCCUCAAACAUCUGCUUCCCUAAACAUCUGCUUCCUUAAACAUCUGCUUCGGUAAACAUCUGCGUCCUCAAACAUCUGCUUCCCUAAACAUCUGCUUCCCUAAACAUCUGCUUCCUUAAACAUCUGCUUCCCUAAACAUCUGCUUCCUUAAACAUCUGCUUCCUCAAACAUCUGCUUCCCUAAACAUCUGCUUCCUUAAACAUCUGCUUCCUCAAACAUCUGCUUCCCUAAACAUCUGCUUCCUUAAAGAUCUGCUUCUUUAAACAUCUGCUUCCCUAAACAUCUGCUUCCUUAAACAUCUGCUUCCUUAAACAUCUGCUUCCCUAAAAAUCUGCUUCCUUACACAUCUGCUUCCUCAAACAUCUGCAUCCAGCCGAGUGUCUCGAUAUGCAGACGAUGUGCUGUUUUCUGAUGACACUGUUCAUAAAGUUCAUCACGGGGCGAUCUGGACAUCAAGGAUGGACUUCUUUUAUUUUGAAGGACGGAUUCUGCCGAGCCGUCGGCGCUGUCGGAUUUUUGGAUUUUAGCGAGACGGAUUCUUCAAGUUCUGUGAUGAGGAUUUAUCACCAGGUGGUAAAUCCUGACUUCUGUGGAGCAGCGAGCGGUUAUAUAGAUUAUGAGGUGAUUUACAGACUUCCUGACUGAUACCUGAAGGCGUCUUCAGAGGAUCCUUCAGGAUUCAAAGAGUCGGAUGUUACAGCGCCGUGACCUUUGACCCUCAGAGUCUGGGAAAUAACGAGAACACCUGAGACUAAAAGCACCGGAAUAAAACCUCUUUUCAUUUGUAUUUUUUUUUCUCCCCAAAGUUAAAGAAAAAUCUUUGGGAGCGUAACCUUUAAGUAUUUUGAAGAAGAAGAAGUAGAAGAAGAAGAAAAGGACUGAAAUGAAUAAAACCCUCUGAUCUGAAGCGUGCUGCGUUCAGACUCCGUUCUGACGUUAUUCCCCUUUCCUUCGAUCCGGCUUUGGUGUUAAUAAUUGAGCCAUAUAUGAAUUAAUGGGCCUGCCUGCUUCUAUAAACUGUCCAGUGAUGUGUGUGUGUGUGUGUGUGAUGAAGAUGAAGAUGAUGAUGACGGUAAUAACUGCUGUGCCAGUCAAGAUGAUUCAAGUCAUGAUAAUUAAAGUUAUCAUGAUUACGAUCGGGCCUGAAGGCGACGGCGGUGGAUCUAAUUGUUUAUGAUGUGAAAAUGCUAAUUAGCAUUAUUAUAAUUAUUAUGCUAACCAUCCUGUGAACUUUGACCUUUUGUUUUUCCUCUCAGCGGAAUUUUUGGUUUUCCAGAUAUGAAAAACACGUGAAAUAAACUGUAAAACAAAUAUGGUAUUAAAAAAAUGUGAUUAAAGAUGGA